UUUCUCAAAGACAGUUUCUCAAAACACGGAGGAAAGCAUCGGCUGAAGCGUCCCUCCCACCAGCUCCUCCUUAUAUAGCCACUUGCACGUCUUCUGGGGGCCACUGGGACAAUUUCUGAGAAACACCGCAGCGGCAUCUCAGAGGAGCAGGAAUCCUCUCUCCAUCAUGAGCGAGAUCACCAGGAAUUCCUUGGAGAAAAUCCUUCCACAGCUAAAGUGCCAUUUCACCUGGAACUUAUUCAAAGAAGGAACUAUCUCAACUCAUAUGGACUAUAGAGUGUAUAACCAGAUUGAGUUUUUAAAUGCUGAGUUCAAAGCUACAAUGUACAACUUGUUGGCCUACAUAAAACAUCUCCAUGGUGAAAACGAGGCAGCCCUAGAAUGUUUGGAGAAAGCUGAAGGGUUAUUGCAGCAAGAACAAGCUGAGCAGGCAGAAAUCAGAAGUCUGGUCACCUGGGGAAACUAUGCCUGGGUCUAUUAUCACAUGGGCCGACUCACUGAUGCUCAGGCGUAUGUUGAAAAGGUGAGACAGGUGUGCGAGAAGUUUGCCAAUCCUUACAGCAUGGAGUGUCCUGAACUGGACUGUGAAGAAGGAUGGACACGUCUAAAGUGUGGAAGGAAUGAAAGGGCUAAGGUGUGCUUUGAGAAGGCUCUGGAGGAGAAGCCGGGCAACCCAGAGUUCUCAGCAGGGCUGGCAAUUGCCACGUACCGUCUGGAUGGCAAACCCCAGAAACAAUUCCCUGUCAGUGCUCUGAGACAGGCCGUCGAACUGAGCCCCAAUAACCAGUACGUCAAAGUUCUGUUGGCCCUGAAACUGCAGAAGAUGAAAGAGGAAGCUGAAGGGCAGCGGUUGGUUGAUGAGGCCCUGGCGGUGGCUCCUGGCCAAACGGACGUCCUUCGACAGGCAGCCCAGUUUUACAGGAAAAAGGGUGACCUGGACAAAGCUAUUGAGCUCCUUCUACAGGCACUAGACUCCACAGCCAACAACAGCCACCUCUACUACUACAUUAUGUACAUCCACAGGGAAAAGGUGAAGAAAAUGCAGGAGGCAGGGGAAUCUGAGGCCAGUGGCAGAGGAGAGCUGAUUGGAGCGCUGAGGAAGUGGACUGUGGAGUACAUGAAGAAAGCUCUGGAAGGGAAGCCAAACUCGCAGUACCUCUGCUUUGAUCGCGGUGAGUUCGAGGAAACAGAAAGGUGUUACCAGAUGGCCUUCAGUCAGGAGCUCCCCAGCGAGGAGGAGCGACAGCUCUACGAAAGCUACUUCCGCUUGCAGGAGCAGCACGGGCAGCCUGCAAGCAUCCAUGCCCAGACCUGCUCAGAGUAGUUUCCUAUAAGCAAAGCAUCAACCCAGACGGAAGAGGUGAAACACUAACUAUAGAGUGUAGUUAAAAGCCUAUCUCAACCAAAUGCACGGUACUCACGGCAUUUCCACAACAAAUAAAUCACAAGGGGGAUGGAGGUCUGCAAGCAACAGAGUGUUAUAAAUGAGACAUCUUCUAGGGAACAGGUUUUUGGACCCAGACAUCCUUUUCUUGUCAGCAAAUACUGAGCCUAUAGACAAGCAAGGAGGAAGUGUGCCACUCUCGAGAACCUUCCUUUCUUCCUCCCGUACUUCCAAAAAAGAGAAAUAAGAGUGCCAUGGAAUGGUGGCAGUGAAGGGGAAGGGGCUGCUGGAAAUGUGGGGGCCCCAAGCCUGGCGUUGCUGAGCAGGCUGGCCUUGCUCAUUGCUUUAAACCACAGUUUUAAGGAGUUGUCUUCUCAUGCCCCUCUCCCCUGCUCGUCCUAGUCACACAGGCUUCUUAGUCCGUAGGUCUUGUAAGUAAUCACUAUUAGACGCAAGGCUUUAAGGCCACAUGAUGCUUACUUGUUCUUAGUUCAUCACAUGCUCGCCAUUUCUACCCUUCUUGCCCAGGGUAAUAUGUAAUGACUGACAAUAAAAUCUUUAAUCUUGCUUUCUUA